UUCCGCUUUGAGGUUUUGUGCCACCAGAAACCGAUCAAAAUUUCAUUACGACAUCGCUGGUUUCGAAGCGGUGGUAAUUCAAUGUUUAAUGAAAACUUUGUGAAUUAUUACAAGUUUAAAACUGUGUUUAUUUGUGGACAUUUAUCGACGCUAGCACGUCGUUGUGUCUGUUUGCGUCCGUAUGCAUCGCUUUGGAAAAUCUGCGCAGUGUGCACGAGGACUUAUUGCUGUUGAGUAUUGGGUAACCGUAAAUAAUUGAAUUGAAUAAUUUAAAAUAAAAUUGAUCCUCGAACAUCUGGGUGGGAAUUGCACUUACGCGGCAGUACAACUUAGCGGACUAUUGUUGCAUUGAUUCUAUUGAUCGGAUACAUUGCGUGUAUGGGCGAUUGUACUGGAAUGUCAUGGAAUUCUUCUCAUGAGAAGGGUGGCCUGAAAGGGGGAUUCCAGCCCACAGUGCACGUGUCCGCGAAUUCGUAUCAGGUCUCCCCGUUUGGGUACUCCGCCGAUCGACGCCUGCCUGGUGCCGUUGCGUUUGCCCAUCCGAAAUCAUCCGACGGCAGUAAAAUCGCACUUUCUUCGCCCAGCAACAGCAGCGCUUCGUCCGCCGCGGCCACAGAUUACAUUCAGUGUGCUCUGAGCCAGCAGCUGGGCAAGGCAGCAUCAUCGUUGUCUAGGUCUCCUUCAUCGUUGGCUGCCGCUGCUGAGAUCUCGGAACAAGUGGAAAAUGACGUGCAGAGAAUCUUGCAAGAGUGCAUAGAGUUUGUUCCCGCUCAGAACUCAGCGAAUCAGCUGCUGACGAAAGUCCAACAACGAUGCACUGACAUCUCCACCAUUCCCCUGGUCAAGUUCAGCUUCCAUGGACAACGGAUGCGGGAGAUUCAACACACUGCCGAGGAUACGAUGUGUGAAAAGCAGGGAAAUUCAGUGCACGCAUCUUCUGGCACUUCCGAAAACCCUGCAUCCUCCUCCAGACAUUCCGCCCCGCCGGCCAGUCCGGCUAAAUCGCCGCUGCCGAGCAGCACCAAACCCUCUCUGGAAGACAGACUCCCUGAACCGAAGGUAAUCAUUUUCCCGGAAGCCAAAAUCAAACUAGAUUGGCCCCGACCGAAUAUGGCCGUCGGAUGUGGACUGCACAAUCUGGGCAACACCUGCUUCCUGAAUGCCACACUACAGUGCCUAGCAUAUACCCCACCGCUGUAUAAUUAUUUCGUCAAGGACGACCAUAAGCAGCAUUGUCGUUUCAACGGGUUCUGUGUAACAUGCAAGCUGCAAGAGUUCCUACCGUCCAUGCUGCGCAGCCCGGUGAAUGCGCUGCGACCUCAUGCGAUCACGUCCAACCUUCGUGCGUUUGCCAAGGGUCUGACAAUGGGACGACAGGAAGAUGCCCAUGAAUUUCUCCGCUUGCUCAUCGACGCCAUGCGGCGUUCGGCGUUAUCGGGAUACAAUCCGAAAACCCUGGAUAUCUAUAGUCAGGAAACAACCAUUACAAGUCGGAUAUUCGGUGGUUUCUAUCGUUCGCGCGUACAGUGCCAGCUGUGUAAGCAGCCAUCCAGUGUGUACGAUCCCUUCAUGGACAUCCCCCUGGAUAUUGGGAAGAACGUCACUGACCUGCAGGAUGCCCUGCGGACCUUCACCCGGACGGAGCAACUGACAUCGCCAAACAACCUCUACAAAUGUGAGCGCUGUAAAAAGAUGACGCCUGCCACCAAGCAGGUGACGAUCCAUAAACCGCCCAACAUCCUCACCCUGCAGUUCAAGCGGUUUCUUUUUACCGGGAUGAGUUCGCCCUCGAAGUUGGAUAAGGCUGUCGGCUUCCCUGAGCGGUUAAAUCUGCGGCCGUUUAUGAGCGCCAGUGAUGAUGCUUCCGAUGUGAUAUAUAAGCUGUAUGCGGUGCUGGUGCAUAGCGGUGGGUCUUGCCACUCCGGUCAUUAUUAUUCCUAUGUUAAUCCCAAUGGAACAUGGCACCGCAUGGAUGAUACUCAGGUGUACCCUGUGAAUAAACAAAUGGUUUUAAGUCAGAGAGCCUACCUGCUAUUUUAUGUUAGAAUUCCCAAUGAUCCAAAGCUCAACUGCGCCCAGCUGAGUACAGCGGCGCAGGCUUCCAACGGGCCAAAACCGGUCAUUGGUCCGCAGCUGAAGCCACCCAUUGGACCGCAGUUGGAUAACCGUCCCAGCGAGAAAUUCGCCUUUUCUUUCAGUGAUCACGCGAAGCCCGCGUCGGCCAACAAUACUCUCAACGGAAAGGACACCAAUCAGUCACCUUCCCCCUCCCCUUCCACACCAGCGAAAUCCAAAACCGCUUUGAGUUUCGCGCAGCGCAGCACUCCCAUGUUCACGCCGCGUGUUUUAACUUGUAAGCCAUCUCCAGCGCCACAAAAAUCCUUACCACCGUCCCAAUCCGGCAAAUCUCUCGUUCCAUACCCGGAAGACGACGAGGACGUUAUUCCAGCUCCUGAACCGGCGUCCAGUAAGAGCUCCGCGUCGUCCACAUCCUCUGAGAGCAGCAAAGAAAACCGAGAGUUCUCAAAGAGCGUCAGUCCAGCCAAGGAAAGUGCGGUGCAACCGCCAACAGUGGACAGUCCGUCGGUGGCGAAAGCGGAGCCGAUGUCACAGCAGUCGUCAACGGUCAGUUCCCGUUCAACAUCCAGUGAGAGCAGUGCAGUCGAGGAACGUUUGGCGGCACUGCGAUUGGAAUUGAAGGGUGGAACUAUGUCCAAGAAGGAUCGGCGGCGGUUGAAGAAGCUGGAGCGACGGCUGCGGAAGAGUAAGGAGCGGACGGUGGAAGAUCAGGUGGCGCCGGUGGUAGUUUCUCCGGAGAAUGAUCGCAAGCGAAAGAAGAAGAAAAACAAACGGCAGCGAAAUUCAUCGGGGAGCACCACCUCGUCUUCGGCUUCCAAAUCGGAAAUGGUGUGGGUGGAGAAAGACAAAAUAAGUGGGAGUGGUCCAUCCGCUGCGAUUCCAGCCGGAAACGAGCCGCAACCCGAACCUACGCUGCUGAACGGUAAUAAGAAAUUUAUUCUGGAACAGUCGAAUUCGGUAUACGGAGCGGAUGUACGUGGCUGGAAUGGCGAACGCUCCUUGUUGGACAGCCAAGCCGAUCUGGUGAAAUCGGAACAACGUAAACGUUUGUUUGAAGAGAGCGAUCCGUAUGAAGAGGAGCUGGAUGUUGGACGAACAAAGAAAGUCAAGUAUGCAUCGUGGAAAAACGGUGACGGCCCGUCAAAAGCCAACACUUUCCAGCGGUUUCAGAAUGGUCUGUUGGAGGAUGCACUUCGUAGUAAGAGCAUGAAUUCGCACUCCGGACAGCGCGAUGUAUCCCGGAAUUGGCGACCAUCCAACGUGAACGGACAGAAUCGUCGAUCAGCAUCUCGAUAGCGUAGCUAUGCAGUACGCAUUGUGUCGCCAGCUUAAGCGUGAUUGGGUUUUAUUUCGUUAUUUGUGCUCCACAUUGGGCGCGUUUCAGGGCAUUUUUUUCUGGUUUGAAGAGCUGUUGUUAAAAAUUCCGUUUCCCCUUGCUGUUAUAACCGGUUGGUUACUGUAUAACUUUUAUUGGGAAUCAUAGCUAACAUGAGGUAACAUGAGUAAUCAUUAGUAAAACUGAAAUUGGAAGCGAAACGGUGAAUUAUUAAAGAAGCUUGUUA